ACUAGGGCCCGGCGACGCCGACCCUGCCCUUCCCCGAGCAGCUUCAGUGCCCUCACUUAGGUGGUCAGGCCAUGCCUAAAUAUCAAUCUUUUCUGGGCCAGGAAGUCCCUGUCACAGGCACAAGGCGCCGAUAUGGCGCGUCUUCCCCGGCCAGGCGUCCUGCAGGUAGCCCCAAGGGUCGCCGCGCUGGGCCGCUGACAGGCGGCGAGGCGAACACCCGCGCGAGGCCCAGGCGCGCGUCACGGCGGGCCGCGGCGGCGGCUACGGCUACCGCUACGGCUGCGGCGGCGACUCCCCGGCUCCCGCCCCCGCCCUCCGCACGCACGCGCACUGAGCCCAGCAUGAGGGUCGCGGCUCUGAUCAGUGGUGGGAAGGAUAGCUGUUAUAAUAUGAUGCAGUGCAUUGCUGCUGGGCAUCAGAUUGUUGCUUUAGCAAAUCUGAGACCAGCUGAAAACCAAGCGGGGGCAGAUGAACUGGAUAGCUACAUGUAUCAGACAGUGGGUCAUCAUGCUAUUGAUUUGUAUGCAGAAGCAAUGGGUCUUCCUCUCUACCGCCGCACCAUAAGAGGAAGGAGUGUGGAUACAGGACGAGUGUAUACCAAAUGCGAAGGUGAUGAGGUCGAAGAUCUCUAUGAGCUUUUGAAACUUGUUAAGGGCAUCACUAGAGUGACCUCGUCUGCUGAAUAUGAUGCUCCGAAUCUCCAAGAUUUUCACAUGCAUUUGGAAGUGGGCAGUCAGGCAAUUGUUUACAGGACUCCACAUGAACUGUGCACUCACAGCAAGUUUGAUAAACACACAUUUCCUCCUUUUAUCAGUGAGAUUGCAGAAUGUGAAGUAUGAGUUUCCAGUUUUACUCAUUCCCCUCAACCUUCUUCCUGUUUAAAAACUUAGACAUACUAAUUGGAUGCUGAUCUGUCCCUGUUUUUUAGUCCGUUUACUGAUAGUUGACUGUUUAUUCCAGUACUUACCUAGGCAAGGUUUGGCAGUUCUUUAAAAAAAUAAACUUCCCAUGUAUUCAACUUAAAGAAGAUUCAUCCCAAGGAAUGUAAUGUGAGCACUAAUUAACAGUAAUGACUGCUAAUCACUUUGCUUUUUAUACUCCUUUAGGAGCACUGCUAUUAUCCAAUGUAGUUAAGUAAAAUGCUUGUAUAUGAAUCAACAAUGCUGCAUCCUUUUAGCAGCUAUUGCUCAUAAUCAAGCUUUGCAUAAAUUAGAGCUAACUAAAAUUGAUUUUAAUAUGCUGCAUUCCUGUCUACAAUAGUAAACUAAAACAGCUAGUUAAAUACAGUGAAUAUUAAAGACAUUACCUGAUUUUCUUUUUUGCAGUCACACUUAAGAUAGAUGAAAAGCAAUAUUGCAAAUUUUCUAACAGUUUAUGACGUUUUCUCUUAUAUUUCUCCAAAACUGCAUGUGACAUACUCUUCAUAGGCAUAGUGGCAUUUUGAUUUUGUUGAAAGCUUUUAUCAUAUCAGUGAAAAUCAAUAGGCUUAUGUUUAAUUUUUCUGAAUUUGUGCGUUUACUUCCUAGAGGAUCUUACAAGUUUCUUUAAAUUAUCUAUAUAGCCCAUUUAUAUAAACUUGGUUUAUAGGAUUGUGCAUUCAGUGUUCAUUAAAAAGGGUUGUUUUAUUAUGUUUGGUGUGUUAUUAGACUAUUAUAAAAGCUUUCUGUUUAUUUAUAUGCAUUCAGUAUACCUACAAACCACCUUGCCUCAGGAGGAGACUAAGCAAAACUCGUAAAUUAAUAAUUUAAGGGAGCAAUACUCAAGUAGCAUUUUGGUUAGCUUAGUAAGUUAAAGCCUUAGAAUCAGUGCUGCCCACUUUAACAAUCUUUACUUUUGACUUUUAUUGGCUGAAAAUAACUUGUUAAACUGAGGCUUUUGUCAUAAAAUGAAAUCUACAUACCAUCUGAAGGCCCUUCCCCUUUUUUUGAUUUAUGAGUAGGUUGACAUAUUAUUGAAGAAUUUUUAACACUUUCACAGUUCUACACUUUGAUUUCAGAGAAGGUGCUAAUCUCUCUGGAGUUUGAGAGUAACAAAAUGAGUUGUAUACUGUUUUUCUAGGGAAUCAGGGAUUCUUUAUUAGAGGCCUUAGUUUUAUGAUGGCACCUGUAUUAAUGUUGAUUUAUCUAAUAUGUGAUGUGGUGAUGUGAUCUGAUACGCAUUAAUGGAGUAUUCUCCUUUCUCAUUUUACAUGUUAUCUCUAGUUGCCUGCGUGGUCAUGGUCUUACAGCUAAUGUUAGUGUUUUUACAGAAGUUAAGCUAUUAAAGACAUUAUUUUUAAAUUACAAAAAUAAAAUAACUUUUCUUUCAUUUUUGUAUUGUUUGUAGUAUCAGAAAUCUAAAUUGGUGAAUAAGAAGUGGAAAACAUUAGGUGGUAGUGUAAUAAAAAGCUUUAUAUUUUAUAUACAAGUCUUAUUGUAAUACUUUGCAAACAUGUAUUAAAAAAAACCUUUGGCACUAUACUUGAUUGAAUUUAGUUUCAAAGAAUUGUAACAGGAAUGAUGUGAGAGAACAGAAAAUGUAUAGAAGUUCAAUUGAAUGUUACUCAUAUCUAAUUAUAAUUUUGUAUCCCAGUACUUUUACACAAUAGCACGAAAUGCAUGUCUAUGAGGAAAAACCUGCUUUUUCUAUUUUGCUUUGAGUUUGCGUUCCUAUGUGUGUAACAAAAUUACGUUUAGAAACGGUGAAGAUUUCAGUUUUGAUCCUUUUUUUUUUUUCUUGCAGUGUGUUUACUCUCCUGUAAGAGUGAUUGAUCUGUAGCUGUCAUUUUACCCAAAGAGGGGACAAAUGGAAUUGGCCUUUUAGACAAAAAGUAUGCAAACAGACUGCAUUCUUUCUGUUGAUAGAAUUAUGGAAGGAUUGCAUGAGGUGCCACAUUCAUUUUCCUAUUGAUUGUAAAAAGGAUUCUGCAGUGGGCUCCUGUUUCCAUUGGAUAAGGAGGUGCUAUGAUUAGUUACCUUUCUCAUGAAAGCACUACAAAAGGAAAUGCAAAAUGUGUGUGGUGCAGUGUUCUCAAUUUGACAGUUGUUUUUGUUAAUUUUUUUCCCCCAUUGAAGUCCAGCCUAUUUUAAAAAAACGUACAUUUUGGUUUUAUCCCUUAUAUUAAGCUUGGUAGAUUUCCAGGCUUUUGACCCUUUAAGAAAUUAUAUGUUAUAGACAGUUUUUCUAGGCUUCUAUUGUAAAGCUUCAAAGCUGAUGCAACAGUGCCCUCUGUAGUCUUUUAGGGAACAGUAGAUACAUGUAGAUGAUUUAGAAUAUUCAGGUAGGAAGCAGGAUAUUUAAAUUUAAUUUUUUCUCAGACAAGAGAGUCCUUUUUCCUAAGUAGACAUUCUUGUUUUUCACUAGCGGCUUUACUUUAAACAAAGGGAACAAAGGACCAUUCUGAGUUUUCAUUUAGAAUUAUUGGCUACCUCUUGUUGUUACCCAGUGGUAAAUCUCAAGUUUUAUCAGACAUUCAUCAGAGUAAUUUGAGAUAGAAGGAAUCUUACAAGCUGUACUGUCUCUUUAUGAAAUAUCUUUUUGAAGUUGAGUUCCAAUAGGAGUAUUUUAAAAAAUAAUUUAGUUCCUUUGUCCUCAUUUCUUCUAUUUAAUUAGAGCCUAAGUGGGCUGCCUAGAACUUAACUUUUACUUGUUCCUGAAUUGGACAACCCAGGCUUUAUACAGGACAUUAUUUAAAUUCAAACCAAAGGAGUUACACAAUGUCUAAAGUAUUUGUCAUUCAUUAGCAUUGAUUUAAAUUUUAGAUUUGCCUUCCUUUCUUUAUGGGUUACCUAUUUGAUUAUAUAUAUUGAUAGCUAAAUUUUUCAUUGUAAACACAACUUUAUGUGAAGUUAUUAGAUGAUAAUAUAAGCAGGCUCAUAUUUAGCUGUGCGAUUAGAAGUAAAAAUAUUCCACGGGCAAAGUUUAUUUUGCUUCUGAAAGUGUUUUAGUAAAAAGAGCAUGGGGCAAAUCCUAGCUUCUCCAUGGGUAGUCACUACGUAAUGGUGAACACAUUUCUAAAUCUCUGAGCUUGCUUUCUUAUCUGCAAAAUGGGAGUAAAAAUAGCUUAUCUUUGAGGUUUUUGUGAGGAAUUAGAUAUAAUGUAUAUUUAUUGGCCAAGUUAUUAUAAGUGCCCAAAUGGUUACUUUGUUCCAAAAAUCACAACGUGAAGGUAAAUGGCUUUGUUUUUAUACAAGGAAGUUUUAAUAAAAACCUAGAACACAUUUAAUGUACUUUAGAUUUUUCAAAAAUUUUACUCCCGAUGAUUUAUGUGAAUCUGAAAGCUAACAUGGCAUUCCUUGGUAAUGUGGACUGAUAAAAUGAGGUGCACAUUAACUUUCAAUUCUUUACAGACUUUAUCCCCAAACUUCUUAUAAGCCAUGUUUAUAAACUUUAGUGGAAAUUUACCCACAAACCAAUAUUUGGCAACAUGUGAAAACAGAUAAUAAAUGAAACUUGAGAAAAGAGUCUUUCAUUUUUUUUCCUCCCUUAAUGUAUCUGAGAAAACAGGAUACUUUUCAUUUGCCUGUGUUCUCAGUAGUAGUCUAGAGCCCUUCUUCAUAGUUUCUAG